GGGUCCGGCUGUUCUGUGAUUGGCCAAAAGAUGUACCUUAGCGAGUGUGUCUCGUCCUUACACACAGGCAGCCUCCCACCUCUGUUAUGACUUUGAUACAACCUCAGUUGGCGGAAAAUUGCCUGUUUGACUUUGUUCAUCUGUUAUGCAGGCCAGUGAAAAAAAAAAGGCCUUAAAAAAAAAAGGAAACGCAUCACCAUAGAGAUGUCGCAGCAGCUUCACGUUUGACGCGGCGAGAGGCGUCCGUCUUCUUACCGUGUGGCUGUUUUCAGGUCACCGCGAGCUAAUCCUCUCCCAAUCUGCUUUUCUUCUCAUUAGCCAUCUUGCGCUCCCUCGCGCCUUUCCCUCUCUAAUUCUGUACAAGUCCAGUUUGAACGCCUGGUUUUCGAGGCUGGGAUCGCACCGACCGUCGGAUGAAGACCGAACCAACCAUACUGCGUUUUAAUUGGAUAUCAUUCUAAUUGGACAGGCUGACCCUAAUUGUGGAAUCAAACAUCGGAGGCCUCUGCGCAGGAAGAUGGAAAACGUCUAAAAAAGAGCUGGGUCGUCCAACAGCAGUGCCCUCGGAGACUAGCCGGGCAGCCCUCUCAGCUGGCUCAGCAAUGGUUGCCUGUGGAAACCAGGGGAUGUGGUCCCAGCCAGGGUCUCCACUCCACCUACGGAUGACCCCUUGACGCGGCGGACCCCGUCGACUUCCCGCCGCGAUGGAGAGUCGCCGUCACUUGCUGCCCCUCGCGCUGGCUUUACUGGGGUUUUUCAGCCGGUGUGUGACCCCACUGACUUCCAGGGUCUCCUUCUCCUUAGGUAGCCCCGGGAGACAACUCACCCGCUUCGGCAGCCCCGACGUGGGCAACACCACCACACUGCUGCUCAGCGACGACGGAGACACACUCUACGUGGGAGGGAGGGAUGCGGUGAUAGCGCUGGAUGUUAGGCUUGAGGACACUAUGGUACUACGGAACAAGCUGGACUGGAGCCCUUCAGAGAAAGACCUGGACCAAUGUUCCAUGAAAGGCAAGAAAAUGGCAAACUGCCCCAAUUUCAUCCGCGUGCUGAAGUUUCUGAACGCCACCCACAUCUACGCCUGCGGAACAUUCGCCUUCAGCCCGCGUUGCAUCUACAUUAACUCCGAGACGUUAACGGUGAGCCUCAAGUUUGACGAGGGACGGGGUCGCUGUCCCUAUGACCCCUACCAGCGCAACACAGCUAUCAUCGUAGAUGGAGAGCUUUACACGGGCACGGUGGCCGACUACAGGGGCAACUGGCCGUUAAUCUCCCGCCACCUCAGCGAGGGCACCCGUUUGGACCUAAAGUUGGAUGACAGCCUGGGAUGGCUGGAGGAUCCAACUUUCAUCAGCUCCACUUUUAUUCCUGAUGAGGGCAAAAUCUACUUCUUCUUCAGCGAAGUGGGCAGAGAGUACGACUUCAUCGACAAGUUUAUUGUGUCCCGCGUUUCCCAAAUUUGCACGAGUGACAUCGGGGGCCAGCGGACGCUUCAACGGCGCUGGACCACCUUUGCCAAAGCUCAGCUGCUGUGCCAGGCGGACAACGAGCUGCCCUACAACGUGAUCCAGGACAUCGACAGCCUCCCGCCGGCAGACGGCGCGCCUACGGAUGACACGCUCUUUUACGGCAUCUUCACAUCUCAGUGGUCUGUCAACUCAGGGCUGUCAGCAGUAUGCUCGUUCCGCUUGUCGGACAUCAGGUCGGCCUUCUCGGGCAACUACAAGGUCCUGAACCGUGACACGCUUCAAUGGAGUACGCGAGUGCAAGAGAAGGUCGCCAAUCCAGGCGAGUGCGGCCUGCACAACGCGUCAGACAACGCUCUGCGCUUUGUCAAAGAAAACUUCCUGGCUGACGACAGCGUGCGGCCAGCGGGGAGGAGUUUGACCCUGGUGUCCGCUGUGCACAUCUAUAGCCAUCUGAGUGUCCAGAGGGUCCGGGCGGCCAACAGCGUGGACUACACAGUCCUCUUUCUCCUCACAGAGUCGGGCUACCUUCAUAAAGCGGUACUGCUGCAGAGCGGCGCCCACAUCGUGGAGGAGGUGCAGGUUUUUGAGAAAGCACAACCUGUCAAGAGCCUGAAGCUGUCUGUACCCAAGGGCGUGGUGUACGUCGGUACAUCAGAGGGCGUGAUCAGACUCCCAACAGCCAACUGCUCUUUCUACUGGACCUGUGCUCAGUGUGUCCUGGCCCGAGACCCUUUUUGUGGGUGGGAUCCUUCCCUGCGGGCCUGUGUGAUGGUUUCUGGUGCUCACGUCAAUCUUGGCCAGGACAUAGAGCGUGGCAAUGUGGUUCAGGCGUGCAAAAGUGUUGCAUUAACACCCAGGGCCCGGUUUGGACCCAAUAACAUGCCUGCAGCUUCCUGUCCCACAGGUGAGCUGGUGUCGGUGUCUCUAAACGAGGUGGUGCGACUGCAGUGUCCCGCCGCGUCCCGCCUGUCUCGCCAGUCCUGGGAGCGGCCAAACAGCCGCCUGUCCUCAGAUUUAUACCUGCACCUGGAGGAUGGCAGCCUGAGCUUCGUGGCCACUCCGGCCACACUGGGACACUACCUCUGCCUGUCCACGGAGAACGGCUUCCAGCAGACGAUGGCCAUCUACCACGUCAAACAGAAGAGCAGCCACCUGCCUCAAACGCCCACCAAGAGGGGAUGGCCCCAGACGCUCCCCUCGCCUACCGAGUGGGAAGCCAGGACCAGGAGGACAGAGUCCAAGCAGGCUGAGCCCACACUGAUGAGCGGGCACACUCAUGUGACCGCAGGGCAGCUGGGCAGUAACUUCACCCUGUGGAUGGUGAAAACGGCGCCCAAAGAGGCCGCCUUCCGAGACGGCGAGCCGCUGAUGUCGGGAUCGGCUCCCUGUUACCUGAAGGAGCUGGUGGUGGUGUCAAUCCUCUUGGUGCUGUGCCUCAGCCUGCUUGUCUCCGUCAUGCUCUACAGUGCCAAACAGCGAUGGCGCAGUCGAACCGUCCCGCACGCGCCAGGCACCCCUGGGCAAGAUCCGGACAGAAGUUCCCCAGUGGAGCACGAGGUCCUGCGGGGGAGCCCGUCUCAAAGGAAAUGCAACGGACACAUGCAGCAUGGCGGAGCGGCCAGUGGCAUGCUCUGUAACGGAGCGCUCACGGGCUCCAACGGCCACUUGCCCAACACGCCCAUCUGAGUGAGUAUUACUGUUGGGAACGCGAUAGUACGAAGGACUGCAGUACUAAUGUCAACACACAUACAAAGGAAUAUUAGGGCCACACUGACUAGGGAAAAAAGUUUUAAUAUGAGGAAAAUAAUAAUUUGCAAGAAUAUAAUACCUCUGUAAAGUAGUUAGCCUUAUCAUUGCAAAUAUUAAACAGCACUUUGUGCUGUGAAAAUUUACUUGCUAUCAUAAAAUACAUUUUCCGACUAGUGAGGUGUCAUCCAGCCACCAAAUCUACCCAAACGUGUCCAAUUUGUUUGUGCUGCAAAAAUAUUUUGCUAAUAAACUAUCACAUUAAACUACUAGUUUUUAUAUUAGUAAUGUUUUAGUAUUCAUAACCAGUGACCUCCACCUUGUCAAAAUCUCCCCAAACUUCUCCCUAACAUUUAUGCUGCGAAUUUUGUUUGUCUUACUAUGAAUUUUUAUGUUAACAUUUUACAGUUUUAAUGUUAUUAAUGUGUUGUCAUCCAUAAAUAGCUCCAUAACGUCCAUCCAUCCAUUUUCUACCGCUUAUUCCCUUUGGGAUCACGGGGGGGGGCGCUGUUGCCUAUCUCAGCUACAAUCGGGUGGAAGGCGGUGUACACCCUGGACAAGUCGCCACCUUAUCGCAAGCUCCAUAACAUAAAAACUAUAAUAGUUUAACUAUUUUUCUUCGCAGCACUAAUGUAGCACAAACAAAUGGGACAGGUUUUGGGAAGAUUUUGACAAGGUAGGGGCGUUGUUUAUGUAUAAUAGAACUUUAAUAACAUUAAGACUUUAAUAAGCGGUAGAAAUGGAUGGAUGGAUAGACAGAAAAUGUUUGCAGCACAAACAAGUGGGACUGGUUUGGAUGUUAUUUAAAUAUUCGUAAUGAUAAGGGGCCCAAUUUUACAUAGGUGAAUAGAGUCAUUGAUAUGAGGCAGAAAAAAUUGAAUAAUUAUGAAUUUUUUGUCUAAUUUUUUUUUUAAAUAUGAGAAAAACAAUAUUGUUAAGUAUGUACUUUUCCUAAUAUUAAUACUUUAUUCUUAUAAUAAUUUGACAUUAUUCUCAUGAAAUUGUGAUUCAUGUAGUUGUUGUCAAUGUAUUAUAAUUGUAAUAUUUGUACUUUAUUCUUGCAAUCACAGCGCUAUUUCAUGACGUAAUUGUUGUAUUCAUUUCUCCUUUCAGUGUGGCUGUAAUACAACUUUUUUGUUUCCCAAGAUGCCGAGUGGUUGCAAUAUAAAUGUUUGUAAUACGUAUUUGAUGCCAUGUGACUGCAACAGGUACACUUUUUUAACAGAUAAUAAUACAAAGCGCCAGAGUUUAGUAGGAUUCAGUACAAUGAAAAAAGUAAUGUAUUAGUUUUUGUGGGAUUCAUUCUUAUGGAGCUUAAUUUUUGUGGUAUGAUUUCCUACUAAAUUCCCGUGUUUUAUAAUCAUUGCAACAGCAGCUGUCUAAUCUAGGGAUAGCUUUGCACACGUGCCUUGGCCACACUAAGGAAUGACACUUUUGGACCCGAUAAUGUGAUUAUUCUACCACUUCAAGUACACACAGUCUUGUGAAUUUCAAACCGUUUUAAUGUUGUGAAUCAGGGUGACUAAUGUUAGUGGACAUUACACUUCUCUGUGGUGAAUCAGGACCAAAUAGUUUGUACUAGUCGGUAUUCUGUUAGGAUUUUUGUAUGCCUUUGUCUUGCCUUUUUUUUUAGGACAAGCAUCACUUGUUCUCACUAAGACACAUUCCAAUCGUGGUGUGUUGGGUCCUGUGUUUGGAAAUAACCACUCGCGGAGUUCAUUAAAGGCAUCAGCCUCAAAA